UAUCCCAAUUUACAGGGUCCUUAAAGCCAAUUUUGAAAGAUGAAUCCUCUUUUUAUCACCGUAGAAAGAAGCACUCGAUCUUACAAACCACAAUCUGCUUCUGCUUCGUGAUAAACCCUAAUUUCUAGAAAAUGGCAGAAGAAAACUUUCACGAACAAGAGACAGAAGUGAUGCCCGAGAACUCUGUUCCAGUAGAAGUUCAACUGCCUGGGAACGAACAAGGUGAUGCAAUGGAACAUCAAAUUCCCGAGAAUGCACAACCAAAUAUCCAUGCGGAAGUCCCUUUAGAAAAAAGAUGGCCCGGAUGGCCAGGAGACAACGUUUUUCGUAUAUUGGUUCCCGUGCAAAAAGUUGGUAGCAUUAUCGGGCGCAAAGGAGAGUACAUAAAGAAAACUUGCGAAGAAACAAAAGCCCGCAUUAAGAUUCUUGACGGGCCUCCUGGUAUUAUGGAAAGAAGUGUUUUGAUUUCUGCAAAGGAAGAACCCGAACUUGUGAUUCCUCCUGCGAUGGAUGGUUUACUGAAGGUUCACCAAAGAAUAAUCGAUGCGGAUGCUGAUUCUAACCGUGCUGGCGGCACAAUUUGCACGCGGUUGCUUUUGGCUGCAACGCAAGCGGGAAACUUGAUCGGGAAGCAGGGUGCCACCAUUAAAACCAUCCAGGAUUCUUCGAAUUGCGUAAUUCGAGUACUUGGAGAAGAGAAUCUGCCUGUUUUUGCUCUACCUGAUGAUAGUGUUGUGGAGGUACAAGGGGAACCUUUGGGUGUGCAAAAGGCUGUUGAAUUGAUUGCUACGCAUCUAAGAAAGUUUUUGGUUGAUCGCAGUGUUAUCGGGAUAUUUGAGAAACAAAUGCAAAUGGCAAACGCUAGGCCGAACCAGGAGAUGGCGGCUCCACAACCUUGGGCACCUCCGCCGCAAAGUUUCGGUAUGAAUGCAGGUGGCUUUCGACCCAAUCAAUUUAUGCCACCUCAGCAUCAGUUUGACAAUUUUUAUCCACCUCCGCAAAUGGAUAAACCACCUCGUCAAGCUCCACCUUCAUUUGGCAGAGACCAGCCUGUUGGACCACCUCCCACUGCCGCCAUACAGCCACAACCGUCAAUAGUCACCAAGGUGUCGCAGAACAUGCAAGUUCCUCUUACGUAUGCAGAUGCGGUUAUUGGGACGUCAGGAACCAAUAUCAGUUAUAUCAGACGAGCGAGUGGUGCUACUAUUGCUAUUCAAGAAUCAAGGGGGAAUCCCGAUGAAAUGACGGUUGAGAUAAACGGAUCCGCUUCGCAAGUUCAGACCGCUCAACAGUUGAUACAGAAUUUCAUUGCCGAUGCUGCAACGGCUGCCCAGAAUCCAACGGUCCCACCAUCUAGCCAGGCGUAUAACCCGUACCCCGGUCAAGCCCCUAGUUACCCAACUCAGCCCGCACCACCGGGCCAUGCACCUGCUGCCGGUGACUAUGGCAGCACCGUGUAUGGAGGCAAUUAUGGCUACUAAAAGGUAAUGUUUAGUCUCUCAAAAUCUGCACAUGAAAUAUGGCAAGAUAUUUGAGGUAGAAUUAUUUGGUUACUUGUUGUUUGACAUACUGAUAACAUGAGAUUAUGUAUGUACUCAUUUGUUAUUUAAUUACUGUUUUAGAGUUUAUGUGAUGUUUUAAAAUUUGGAUGA